ACCACCCAAAUGGCUACCGGAUUCUCGCCCGCGCCGCGCAAAGAAGGCACAUGGACUAAACUUGUGAUAUUCAUCUCACUAUACUUCCUCAUCCUUGAAUCCAUGCUACAAGCAGUGAUAGUGCUCUUUCUGUACGGCAGACACCAGGUAGACUCUAAUAUGACCCUAAGUGUGGUUCUGUCUCUGGUUGCGGCUUUUAUUACAAUCCCUUUGGUUUCGCUUCAGAGCCUAGUAGCUUGGCAGUACAACAAGAUCGGUGGAUUCGGAGAACAGAAGACAGUCUUGCACAAUGUCUGCACCUACGUCUUUCGACUUGAUUUAAUGAUGUGGCUGGCUGCCAGCGUAUCAGGUUUAGUACUUGCUGCUCAUCAAGUAUACUGUCUACCAUCAGGGACUGACGCCACUUUCUGGAAAGUUGGUGAGAGCUGUAUAUUUCACCGAAUCUCUGUGCUUGUUUCAGUGGUAUCAUUAGCUACUGUCUGUACUAUUUACUGUGCACGAGAACUCUGUGAUCGACCUUACGAUGUUUCCCUGAUUGGAAUUUACAAACGAAGCGAGGCCCUUCGAGAUGGUAGCGUAUUUUCUGGCCACAGCUGGGACAGCGACGAGACCCUCAAAAACGAAAUUCUCAACCUAUGCCGUCAACACGACGGCAUGGCUCAUGAAGAGACGUGGUAUAUGGACCCUCUGGCAAACAAGGUGAAUUGCCAUCCAAGUAUUCGCCAUCCAGCACCUGUUCGUCUACGACCGCAGCUCAAGCUCAACACCAAUCACGGCUCCCAAUAUGGCGAUAUUACAUCCGGCGUAUCAAUUUCACCAGAUGAUACCAAUUCCCGUUACUCUCCCGGAGCACAGACUUUGGCCAGCGACUUCUUCCCCAUCUCACGCACUUCAACUCUAGUAAAUUCUCAUACUGCGAACUCUACUCGUGCCCUUAUUGCAGAUCAGUCCAUUCCAUAUGUCCCGCAGAUCCCCAAAGCGUACGGCGUGAAUCAUAAGAGACAGAAGUCAUCACUGUCCUCGUUAAAGCGCUUUUUGCCCAAGGUCCUGCCAUUCUCGCUACCUCAGUCAUUGGAAUUAUCGUCGGAUCCCCAGAUUCGCGCCCUCGUAGACCCAAAUGCUGCAUCUGAUGUCGAGAAGCAAGUCGUGACUCCGGACAUCAAAGAUCCUUUCGUCUCGAGCGAGGAUACCACUAAGGAAUCUUUGUCUCCCUACGAUGCCACAGGCCAGAGUAAUGUUCAGGGUCACACUCGCACCUUGACUAUGAACUCCGCAGACGCACCAGAGGUGGUAGUGCAAGCAGAGCCUAAAGUACGCCGCUCCCAAACAGCAUAUUCGUCAGCACUCUCCAUCCACCACCCCCAUCAUCCGAAUUACGUCCCAGCCCCCAAUCCACGGAGAUACUCUCAAUCCUGCCGUCAAAACUCAGCCUUCCAACCAACGCAAACCGAUCAAACCAGAAGAGCCAAUACUACCCGACAAGCAAACACUUCUACGCCCCAGUACCCAACCCGCAGCAGCUCAUACCAAUUCAAACAAUCACAGAUGCCUUGCCACACACAAAGCCAACACAAUCUGCAAUAUUACCAGCAGUCCGUCCCGUGGAAUAGCCAGCACCUGUUCGAUCAGAGUCUCCCCCGCCCAGGUCCUCCUGUCCCACGCCGCAAUGAUGUCGAGCUCGUCUACCCCAGCACCAGGCGACCUCGUAGUAACACCCAUGGCGGAAAGAGCAGUACAUUGAGCUGUAUCUUUGAAACAACUCCUGUCCCUCCUCUUCCCGUUAACGGAUCUCUUGAUAUGUCGAACUCGGAGGCGCAGCGUAACGUUAUCGAUCAGUCUAUGUAUCGCGGUGCCAAUCGUACCAGCAAGAGCUUUUACUGA